AACAAUGAGACCCGUUCGAUAAAUCGAUAGUUGGAUCGACUUCCAAGCAAACGGUUAAACUAGGUACUCAGCGGAUCCAUAGGUGCAACAUGGAAGAUAUACGACCGACCGCGAAAUGGGCAAAUCGCUUGUUGCGGCCUUUAAGUUCUAUCUAUCAUCGACUAGAAAAACAUAACGAGAUCCUUCUGAGUGUCGCGCAUUCGAAACUCAAGGAAAGUGGUGAUGCAGGAGCUACUAGGCGUAUUCGAUCCGCUCGGGUGAAUAGUGCUGAGGAAGGCUGCUCCUACUCGGACGAAGAACCUGGCGAUCCCGCCUGGGUCCCUGGAAGGCCGAUCAAACGACGAAUACGACAUAACUACUCGGGUAGAGGACGAAAGAAUGGGACACGAAGACGCAGCAGGCUGUCAAUUCACAGCCCUGAACGACGGAGAACUUUACCCGGUGCGAUCGAGAUUGCGACUCCCCUCAUUACCGGCAAAAUGAAGCAGCCCGUGGAAUCGACUUCAAUUAGGAAACAGCUUUUUCGAAAUGCUUUACUCACAGAUAAUAUUGGAACGAGCGAUCAACGCAGGGCAACGCGAACGAACAAUAGUAGUUACUCUGCUUACCAGGGGUCGUGGAAGGAGGUACUCCACCUUUCAGGGGAUGCGGGUCUUGUGGAUAUCGCACACUUUUUGGAUCGCAUAUUCAUCAAAUUCCUGAGUAAGACGCGGAAAACUCCAGCAUUAUCGCAAAACCAACAACAAGGCCAGGGAGCUCGGUCUUUGUUGUCCAUGGCCGCGCGACGUCUUCCGGAAUUCAUAGCAGAAGAACAAAGGAUACAGGAUGAAAUGGAUGAGGAAUGUGAUGUGGACAUGUGUGAUGCAUAUUUUACAGAGCUUGAGGCCCAUUACGCACCGGGUGGCAGUGGAUGGUCGCCACUCCGCGAAGCCGUGCGUGCUCAGGGUAUCUAUCUAGUCUCGGAGAUGAUACACAAGGGGUGGAUCACUAAGCUCGCCGCCUGUCGACUUCUGGAGGAAUGCGUGAGCCAUGGUGAAUUUGACGCCUUUGAACUACUACUGUCUAAACAGCUCACAACCAUUAACACAUAUGAUAACCCCACAGCGUUCGAUCCGCACAGGUUAUCCGUUUAUUGUGAUGAUCCUAUCCGUACUCUUGGCGCCUAUUAUUCAAAGUCCAUCGGAAGCUGUUCGUUCGUUUUUGAGGAGGUAGCAAAACUCCUUUUACGCGGAGCCAUGCCUCCAGAAUGGAUGGUUACUAAUUUGUGGAAACGCUGUGUAGAUGGGGCUAUCAAAUCACUAUCCGCAGAGUGUCUUAAUUCAGCUUCUGCGACACGGUUGAUUGAAGCCGUGAUACUUUCAGCGAGUGGGAUUUACCGGGUCUCAGACGUGCUUGUUUCUCGUGGGAACAGUACUAAUGCACUACGUGGCCGUCUGAGGGACACUCGUGCUUCCGCAUCGAAUACACCAAAUUCCCUCGAAGGCCAGUCACCGUGUCCUGUGCCAAUUCAAGAUGCCUUGAACAAUCUCACUUCAAGUCUUAUUACUGUGCUGUGUGGAAUGUAUAUCGCACGAUCGCAAUCCGCAAGCGAUAGCGACAAGGUGGUCGGCGUGAAAGUCAGAAACACACUGAGACAUCUAGCCUGCACCGCUCAGCGGGCUACUGGCUUGGGACGGUCGUGGCAGACAGAGAAGAUAACUUUUCAAUCAUUACGCCGUGGGUUUAUCUUAGUAGGUAACUGUAUGCUACAAUGCAGCGAGCCAGGGCCGUUGGAACCCGUCUGUCCGUCGAACUCGAUUUCAAGAAGAAACAUGGAGAAUUUCUUCAUAUCAUUAGCUUCUCAGCAAGAAUCAAUCAAAGAAUUGGCGGAGCUGGCUCGGCAGGUUGUUCAGUUCUACGAGCGCAGGCGCAAGAGCGACCGAACCAGGAUAUCCCCAGGGACCCGGUCCAUAGUCUCACAGCUUGCUGGAUUAACGAGUCUUCAUGGAUACUCUUUAUUCCUGUUGAAGGUGGCGGCAGAAACCGCCAUGGGGCUGGCUGAGUCUACCCUGGAUGCUGAUGAUCAUACCUGGGCGGUUGAAGUCCAAGAGAAAGCGAUUCUCUUCCAGCAAGGCCAGGAUAUGAAACAGUGGCCUACAUCUAGUAGGGAAGACCUGGAUGAUAGCAUUGGGUUGUACCGGUGGGAAGAAAGCAUUGGUGAGUGGGUGGCCAGCACGCCUGCAGCCAAAGCCAAAUCUACACAGUGGAAUUUCACCUCGAAAUCCAAUCCCACGAGGUUACAGCAACCGGCAACGAUCGCGUGCUCGACGAGUUGUAUAUCGGCCAGUUCUAGCCCGUCGAGUGAUGCUGCUUCCAGUGUAACAUCAUCUGCGCCAUCCGUCUCAAAUAAAAGAACUUGCACGGGCCCUAGUUUAGGCUCUAAACCGAGUAAAAGGCUUCGCUCGAGUCCUGUGGAAAGCCAAACCAGUGAUUCGCCGGUGGCGCCCGACCUCCUGUUUGAAGAAUCACCGAUAGCCGCCCGGACCAGGGCUGCGCGUGGGGCCCUCAAGGAAUUGGUCCAACCGAAAGUCCCGAACAGGUUCACCAAGGUAGAGGUUGUCAUUGUCAAUAAGAACAUUUCAGCCUUAGACUCAAUGACUACUAGCAGAUGUCACCCGCAACCUACCGUUAGCUCGAGUCGCAGAAAAUCCUUCUCAGCGUAUCCCCAGGCUUGCAAACAGCCAUUCAUCGCCUCUGUUGCCAACAGACGCACCAUACCUUGCUCACAAGAUGACGAUAGUGACGACGAACUGAGUUUUCUCUGAGAGCAUUUCUUUUUGAUUUGGCCGUAGUCCUCCCGGAGGUGUGAGGAAUCCGAUUUUUUUAGACACUUCUUGGUUAUCGUUCCUUUUGUCAUUGGCAUUUCCACCACGCUUUCUUUUUGGUCUGCCGAACUUAACGACACGUUUCAGGUUUUUCCUUUCUCAGUCUCUCUUUUUCUUUGGUGUUUCUUUGGAGCUUUUAUCUGAUAGUAAAUGAUACCCGGGCAUUCGUGGGAUGUUUGGUUUGGGUGGGUCGUUUUGGGUACGCUUUUUUAAUUUC